CAGGCUCCGGGGGAGGGGAGGGGAGGGGCAGGACCGCGGCGGCGGCGGCCGGAGCUGGUGGCUGCACCCGAGCCCCGCGCGCCCUGAGUCUCGCCGCUGGCUCCAGCAGUCUUUUCUUGCACCGCUUUGCUCUGUCCUUGCUCCGCUCCUGCGCCGCUGGCCCCGGACCCUCUCCUCUCGGCCGAAGAGCCUGGCGGCGCCGGGGUUCCCCCGCCGACUUGGCUCGUGCUGCCCCCGCUUGCACCCCGGAGCCGGGAGCGCGCUGCUCUUCGUAACCGUCGCUGCGGCCGCCGCAGCGCCUUACCGCCGGCAACCCGGGUGGAGUGUUGGGGUGGGGGAGGCGUGAGCGCGGCUUCCCCGCCAGGGGUCGACGCCCGCCCGCCCUGCCCCCGCCUCGGCCCGGCGCCCCCGAGCCGCGGCCCCUUCCCAGCGCAGGGGCCGGCGGCCGCGGCAGGGCGGGCGCCGCGCGGGGGCAGGGCGGGCGUAUUCAAUGGAAGUAUGUUACCAGCUGCCGGUGCUGCCCCUGGACAGGCCGGUCCCCCAGCACGUCCUCAGCCGCCGAGGGGCCAUCAGCUUCAGCUCCAGCUCCGCGCUCUUCGGCUGCCCCAAUCCCCGGCAGCUAUCACAGAGGCGUGGAGCUAUCUCCUAUGACAGCUCUGAUCAGACUGCGUUGUACAUUCGUAUGCUAGGAGAUGUACGCGUAAGGAGUCGAGCAGGAUUUGAAUCAGAAAGGAGAGGUUCUCAUCCAUAUAUUGAUUUUCGUAUUUUUCACGCUCAAUCUGAAAUCGAAGUUUCUGUGUCUGCAAGGAAUAUCAGAAGGUUACUAAGUUUCCAGCGGUAUCUUAGAUCGUCACGCUUUUUCCGUGGUACCAGCGUUUCGAAUUCUCUAAACAUUUUAGAUGAUGAUUAUAAUGGACAAGCCAAGUGUAUGCUGGAAAAAGUUGGAAAUUGGAAUUUUGAUAUCUUUCUAUUUGAUAGACUAACAAAUGGAAAUAGUCUAGUAAGUUUAACCUUUCAUUUAUUUAGUCUUCAUGGAUUAAUUGAGUACUUCCAUUUAGAUAUGAUGAAACUUCGUAGAUUUUUAGUUAUGAUCCAAGAAGAUUACCACAGUCAAAACCCUUACCACAAUGCAGUCCACGCUGCAGAUGUUACUCAGGCCAUGCACUGUUACCUAAAAGAACCUAAGCUUGCCAAUUCUGUAACUCCUUGGGACGUCUUGCUGAGCUUAAUUGCAGCUGCCACUCAUGAUCUGGAUCAUCCAGGUGUUAAUCAACCUUUCCUUAUUAAAACUAACCAUUACUUGGCAACUUUGUACAAGAAUACCUCAGUACUGGAAAAUCACCACUGGAGAUCUGCAGUGGGUUUAUUGAGAGAAUCCGGUUUAUUCUCACAUAUGCCAUUAGAAAGCAGACAACAGAUGGAGGCUCAGAUAGGCGCUCUGAUACUGGCCACGGACAUCAGCCGGCAGAACGAGUACCUGUCCUUGUUUAGGGCCCAUCUGGACAAAGGCGACUUACAUCUGGAAGACAUCAGGCAUAGGCAUUUGGUUUUGCAGAUGGCUUUGAAAUGUGCAGAUAUUUGUAACCCAUGUCGGACCUGGGAAUUAAGCAAGCAGUGGAGUGAAAAAGUAACAGAGGAGUUCUUCCAUCAAGGAGACAUAGAGAAAAAGUAUCAUCUGGGUGUGAGUCCACUUUGUGAUCGUCAGACCGAAUCUAUUGCCAACAUCCAGAUUGGUUUUAUGACGUAUCUCGUGGAGCCUCUGUUCACAGAAUGGGCCCGGUUCUCCAACACCAGGCUGUCCCAGACAAUGCUCGGACACGUGGGGCUGAACAAAGCCAGCUGGAAGGGACUGCAGCGAGAACAGUCCAGCAGCGAGGACGCUGACGCUGCAUUUGAGGAGCUGAACUCACAGUUAUUACCUCAGGAGAACCGGUUAUCCUAAACCGUCCCCCAAGUCAGUGGGCAGACUGCCUCUGGAGCUCGUUAGAAAUGUGAAUGGGGUCUUGAGGUGAGAGAACUUUACUCUCGGCUGCUGAGGGAAGUGAAUGACGCCAGCAUUAUUUAUUUCCAAGAUUUCCUCUGUUGGAUCAUUUGAACCCACUUUUUAAUUACAAGACCCGAACACAGCAAUAUGCAUUUGGCUUUCGUGUGAAACCUUGAAUAUGCAAAGCCCAGUGGGAGCGAACCGAAGGGAAUAACAAAGUUUUGCAGGAAGUUUUGCGGUGGCCCUCGUGCUUCUCGAAGCAUCAUGAAACUUGAACCGAAGCCUUCAGCAGAAAUCUUUGGAAUUUAACCCGUCUGAUGCAACAGUGUGUAUCUGUACCUUCCACUAAGUUCUCUCGGAGAAAAUGGAAAUGUGAAGUGCCCAGCCUCUGCGCCUCUGGCCAGACUUGAUGUUUACAGACCAACUCUGAAAUAUUGGUUCUCAAUCUGCCUUGGAGCACGAUUGUGAAGGAACCACUAAGAAUUUUAAAGAUCAAACCUAAACUGCAGCCCUUUCCCCCGGUUUGCCUUUCUUCUCCUUUGGAUGCCACCAAAGCCUCCCAUUCGCUCUCCUUUUACUUUGUGCACUGGAAACUGAGCAUUUAUCCUAGAGUGCCGCCGAGCUUUCACUCCAGUGCUGUUGGGCAAUGCAAUUUUUUUUAACUCUUAGUUUUUAAUUUGGGGCGGGAGGGGCAGAACCCCAGUGUCCUAGCUGUAUUAUGAUUCCGCAGUGAAGACGUUGCAUGUUGUUUUCACUAAUGUACACUUGACCUGCACAUGCAAGAAAAGGGUGGAAUGUUUUAAAACACCAUAAUCAGCUCAGGGUAUUGCCAAUCUGAAAUAAAGUGGGAUGGGCAAGUGUGUCCUUCAGAGCAAGGGUACUAAAGUCCCUCUCGCUGCAGGGAGUGAGAGGUGUGUUGUGUGUGUGCGGAUGUGUGUGUGGGGCACGCUCGUGCAUGUGUGACUGUGCAUGUGUUCUAUUUAUCCAUGUGGGAAGGAUUGGGAACGUCAGCUUUUAUUUAUUAUUUUAGAAUGUGACAUAAUGGGCAGCCACACGUGGGGAGGGGAAGGGAGGUCAGCCGUAACAGAUCGCUCCAGAUGCCUUAAACUAUGCACAAAGCUAAGUGACCAAACUUCUUGUUUUGAUUUGAAAAAAGUGCAUUGUUUUCUUGUCCCUCCCCCUUUGAUGAAACGUUACCCUUUGAUGGGCCUUUUGAUGUGAACAGAUGUUUUCUAGGACAAAAUCUAAGGACUAAUUUUAAACUUACAACAUUCCACUUUUGUAAUUUGUUUUAAAAUGUUUUAUGUGUAGUAAGCACAACUGUAAUCUAGUUUUAAGAGAAACCGGUGCUUUCUUUUAGUUCAAUUGUAUUUCCCUUGUUACUGUAAAGGACUGUUUAUUAAUUAUGUUUACAAGUUUGUUGCAACAGUCAUUCUCUUGGGAGAAAGCUUGAGUGUAAAGCCAUUUGUAAAAGGCUUUGCCAUACUCAUUUUAAUACGUGCCUGUUGCUGUUAACUUUUGACGAAUAAAAACCUAUCUUUUCACAUUUU